UUCGGACAACGAAGUGAUUUCCUAAUGAUUAAUAUAAACGUGAACUUAAGAACUCAAACAGAGCGAUUCAUAUGAUAUCAAUAUAAACGUGAAGUUUAUUUGACAAAGAAUUGCAUAAGAACUUACAAGCGAUCGCUUUAUCCAAACGGUAUAAUAGAAGCAUCAACGCCAUAUCCCGCAAUACAACCCCAAGAAAGAUAACCACUCACCCAGACAACAAUCAACACAGAAGCAGUGACAGAAAUCUUGCCCCGAAGGAAGCGAAGAAAGAAUCCAUUGGGAAAAUGAAACUGACACUGGCCCUCAUAUUCCUAUCCUACGCAACGGCGAAAUUAGAAAUUAUUGAUUUUGACAAAAAUGAAGGCUAUUUGCCCAUCAAGGUUGGAGAAAAGAAGCUAAUAGACCACUAUAUCAAGAUUUUACAUAUCGUGAACAUCACCGAAUUAGUAGUAGCUAAACUUACAGUUGAGGAAAAUGUUAAUUUAUUGUAUAAAACAUUGCCAAGUGACUCCAUAAACGAUAACAUUUAUAAAACAUUGUCAAGGACCUUUAAAGAAUUGGACAUCAAAUUGAAAUCUAUAUUACCUAAGAAAAGGGAAAAAAGAGGACUAAUAAACAUUAUGGGAAGUACAUUAAAAAUUAUUUCGGGAACAAUGGACGAAGAAGAUAGGCAACAAAUAAUGGAAUCCUUAAGAACCUUGAAUACGGACACUUCAAAUUUAAUUGACGAAAACAAUAAACAAGUUAGGAUCAAUAAAGAACUACAAUCUCAAAUAGAAAACCUAAAGCAGAAUAUAGAAUUCAACAGAGAUAUAAAAAGAAUAAUAUAAACAAUCUUAUCCUCAAUACUCAGAUAAAAGACAACUUCCAUUAUAUGAAAAUCGUAUUUCAGAUUCAUAAUGAUAUAAAUUCUUUAUUACAUUUCAUUGAUACCAUAGAGGACGUCAUUUUGAUGAGCAGAUUAGGCAUAUUAACAAGAAAUAUACUGACGGACAAGGAGAAUGAUUUAGUUAGGUCAACGGACGAGUUUAGAGAAAUAAAAAUAGCUUCCUUAAUUUUUGAAAAUGACAUUAUUUUGACGCUCUUAAUACCACGUUUCAGUACUCACAUUUUCGAAAACUAUGUUUUGGAGCCAUUGGUGAAUGAAAAGAAUGAAAGUUUAUUUUUAACAAGUAAUGAGAUACUUUUAGAUAAUAAGAGAAACAUCUAUAUGACAUCCCCUAAGGAUAACAAAGUUAAAAAUCUUGUAGUUAUUAAUGAUAAAUGUAUCGAAGAUAUCUUUAAUUCAGCAAUAAUACAAAACUGUUUAAAAAUUAAGAAAGAACCCGAAGAAAUUAUAAAAGAACUUGGAUUUGGUCUUCUAACUGCAAAAAACUUAAAAAGAAAACAAAUCAUUCAAAAUUGCAGUGAUGACCCAAUAUUAAUUGAAGGAACUAAAAUUAUUAAAUUUGAAAACUGUUCAGUCAAUCUCAACAAUCAGUUAUUUGUAAAUCAAAAUGAAAUUGUCAUUGAUCAUUAUAUAAGUCCCGGAUACUUAAAACGAAUCGAAAGUGACAAUUAUACCGAGGCAUUAACUUUACAUUUUAUAAAUAUGAAAACUGUGGAGAUCAGAAAAGAACUAGCAAAAUCAAAACAAAAGAUAACCAAUAAUAAUGUACUAUCGCACAUAUUAAUGCUUAUUGUAUUAAUUGGUUCCAUUCUACUACUCGCAAAAUAUUUAAUAAAGUAUGUGAUAAUGAACAACAAAAAUGUUCCGAGGACGGAAGCAUUGACAAACGAUGGGGGAGUUACAGUACCCACAUCUACAGUACCCACUGUUACAAUACCCACUGUGACAAAUACUUUUUAAGAAACCCAAAUCUGAAACAGUGUUGCAGAUUCAAAAUAAAGAAAUUCCAAUCUGCAACAAUGUCACAGAUCAAAACAGCCACCCAAGUUGAAUACAAACAAAGAAACCUAAACCUGCAACAAUGUUGCAGAACAAAGAACAAAUAUUAUAAUAAAACUAAAGACCAAUCCAGAAUGGUCAAAAUGCAAGCUAAGCAUUUUGACCAUUGAUAUGAAAUAAGUUCUA